AUGGAGGUCCAGCCUGACACAGAUUUCAAAAUCUUGUUUCUGCUUAUCCUGAUAGAGGAGGGGUUUGCAUUGGCACAGAAAACUCAAGCAUUGCCUCAGAAUGUGGCUAUUGAGGAUAAGAAGCCAGCUCACUGUGGAACUUUAAUCCAGACAGCCAAUGGAGGAUCAUUCAGUUCUCCAAACUACCCAAAGACCUACCCUGCAAACAAGGAGUGUGUUUAUAUUCUGGAGGCCCAUCCACGCAAGAGAAUCCAGCUGAUCUUCGAUGACCUGUACUACAUCGAGCCGUCCUUCGAGUGUCGAUUUGAUAACAUUGAAAUCCGCGACGGGCCGUUUGCUUUUUCUCCAUUGAUCAAUCGUUUCUGCGGUGCUCAGAGUCCAGGAGUGGUCACCUCUUCUGGACGCUUCAUGUGGAUCAGGUUUAUCAGCGAUGAGGAGUUAGAGGGACUGGGAUUCAGGGUGGAAUAUUCAUACACUGCAGAUCCUGAUUUUCAUCUUCAUGUUGGAGGACUUCUGAAUCCCAUUCCAGACUGUCAGUUUGAUCUGUCUGGAUCAGAUGGUAUAAUCAGAUCUAGUCAGGUUGAAGAGGAAAACAAGGUGAAAUCAGGGGAAGCAAUAGACUGUAUAUGGACGAUACGAGCUCCGCCUAUGUCUAAGAUCUACCUGCGUUUUCUGGACUAUCAGAUGGAGAACUCAAAUGAAUGUAAAAAGAACUUUGUUGCAAUCUACGAAGGCAGCAAUGCCAUUGAAGACCUAAAGGCCAAAUUCUGCAGUACCGUCGCCAAUGACAUCACACUUGACAACGCUGUUGGUGUGGUCCGAAUGUGGGCCGAUGAGACCAGCAAACUGAGUCGGUUUCGUAUGAUCUUCACGAUCUUCGUUGAACCUCCAUGUUCGGCCAACACAUAUUUCUGUCACAGCAACAUGUGCAUCAACAACACGCUGGUCUGUAAUGGUGUUCAGAACUGUGUGUUCCCAUGGGACGAGAAUAAUUGCAAAGAAAAGAAGUCAAAAAGUUUUUUCCAGCAGAUGAGUAAAACUCAUAGCACUGUUAUUGGAGUGUCUACUGGUGUGGUCUUUCUCCUCCUCCUCAUCUCUGUAUUCAUACAGAUGAAGCAACCAAGAAAAAAGGUCUUGAAUCGCAAGAGUUUGUUCAGCGCGGCCGAGAUGCAGGAAGUCCUUGAGCCACCUCAUUAUGAACUCUUUUCCAUGCGCGAGCCCGAGCUCUCGGAUGAACUGUCUGAGGAGUUGGAUACCAUGCAUAAACUCCGCCGGUCCUCCAACACAUCCCGCUGCAUCCACGAGCAUCACUGCGGCAUGCAGGGCAACUCUUCAUCCGUUUCCAUGGCUACCAGAGCACAUCAGCUUGCUCAGGCAUCGGAGGAAAUGAGCGGCAUCGUAGGGGCCAGAGGUUGGAGCAGUUUCCAUGAGAGCAGAGAUGUUCCGCGUCCGCACACUCGCAGUGUGCAGAGUCUGCGUGAGGUGCUGGAGGAUGGGGAGUUGGGGCUGGAGGAGCGGGUUAUGGAGGAGAUCGGGUACAAUGAUGUAAUGGCCCGUGGAGGUGUCUUGAUGAUGCGUAACCAUGCCAACCCUGUCCAGCAGCGCUCCCUCUCCAUUGACUUCUGAGUGAGGGGAAAGUCAGCUGAUACUUUGUCAUACUGCCAAGACAAAUAAGAUUGGAAACCCAGAAACCUGGGAGUGGUAAUAGAUGAUCAGCUUAACUUCACGGAUCAUGCUGCAUCAUUCGGCCCUGUUCAUUCUUCCUCUACAACAUUAGGAAAGUUAGACCAUUUCUGUCCGAGCAUGCUAUACAAGUCCUAUUCCAGACUGGACUAUUGCACUGCGCUACUGGCUGGACCUUCCAGUUUGAACAACCAGACCUCGACAGAUGAUCCAGAACGCAACGGGAAGAGUGGUCUUCAAUGAACCGAAGAGAGCACACAUCACUCCUCUCUUCAUUAAGUUACAUUGGCUCCCUAUAGUCACUCGCACCAAAUUCAAAGCUCGGCUUUGGCCUACAAGACCACCACAUGUUCGGAACUCCCUUAUCUUCAUUUGCUAAUACAGACUUCCCCGCCAGAUCACUACGCUUUGCAAAGGAACUACAUCUUGUAGUGCCAUCCCUAAAAGAGAAACAUCACCCUUACUUAAUUUUUUUCUGGAUCUGUUCCACAUUUGUGUAAUGAACUGCCCGCUGCUACAAGAUCUUUAAGAAUCGGCUGAAAACACAUCUCUUCCGUCAACACCUGAAUUUUUUCUAUUCUUUUUAUCCUUAAUAUAAAAGAAAAUCCUUAGCUUUGUGUACUGUUGUAGGCUAUGAGACCAGUUUGUACUGCAGUUAUGCUUUUUGCUGUCCUUCUGUUGUUCCAGUUGAUUUCUUUGUAAGUCCCUUUGAAUAAAAGCGUCUGCUAAAUGACUAAAUUUAAAAUGUAUAGGCAUUAAGAUGUGGACUAGAGAUGGUUUGAUUUUGCCCUUUUACUUUAACCAAACUAAUAAUUGACUAAGAUGGUAAUUUACAUGGAAUUUUUAUGUCGUGUUGUGCACAGUGAGGUGUAAUGAAAAGGAGAAGUUAAUCAUUUUUCU